AUGGCCUUGAACAUUAUGAUUCUGAAGUCAUUAACGCAGAUUGCGUUUGCAAAGUCAUCCCCGUGGACGCAUAGCAUACGAUAUGGUGUUGGUCAUAGUAUGCUGAAGACGGAUCAGCACCCAUCGGAACGUAGCACGCCAGACAAUAUGUUAUCGACGCUACUUAAAUUCCCUGAAUAG